AUGGUCCAAUUCCUUCAUUCUCAUCGUACCGAGGGAUACUCAAAUAAGGCAUUAGAGUAUGCUGCAUCCAAAAAUUUAGAACUAGUAAAGUCACCAGAAAAGAAGAAAGAAGAAGAGAAGUUCACUUCACUUACUUGCAAUUGUAAACAAAAAGGAAGGGAAAGAACUUCUAAAGAAGAAGAAGAAGAAGAAGAAAAUAGAGAAAAAGAGAUGAGUUCACAACCACAACAACAACAACAACAAGCUGGAGAACCAAAGUAUUGGUGUCAUCAUUGUAAAAAAUAUAUACAAGUUGGUAACCCUGAUGAGUUGGUAUGUCCAACUUGCGAGUCAGAGUUUAUUGAGGAGGUUGAAACACCACCUCCUCAACCACAACAACAACCAUCCCCUCCUUUACGUCAAACAACUCAACAACAACAACAACAACAACAACCAAAUGUAUUUGGUUUCCCUUUUAAUAUGUUUUCACCAAUGGUACAACAAACCAAUUCCAAUCCCAACAGUAGAACCUCUCAACAACAACAACCAUCGACUCAACAACCAUUACCUGCACCACAACCACUUCAAUUCGAUCCAAUAUCUGCAUUAUUCCAACAACUUGGUGGCGCAAAUACAACGUCAUCUACAUCUACUUCACCAUUUGGUACUACUACCACUAUUCACUUUGGUAAUGUCGACCCUUCCACUCUGUUUGGAGGUAGAAAUGGUAAUGGUGUAGAAGGAGACCAAACAUUUUUAAGGUAUGUUAAUUUAUUUAGAAUUGAUCAAGAUGAUGAAGAUGAACAAGAUGAAGAGGAAAGAUUACUGUUCGAGGAAGAAGAAGAGGAAGAGGGACAAUCAUCUGGAUCUGGAAAUUCCAAUGCUGAUACUACUGAUGAAGAUGAUGAAGACUUACCAAACCGUUUCUACUCUGUAACUUUUCGUUUUAAUAGUAUAUUAAAUUCUUUGACUCAAGGUACUGGCAUGCCAAUGAAUGUUUUCAUGUCGGGAGGACUUGGAGGACCAGCUAUGGUUGGCAAUCCAGGUGAUUAUUUCACAGGUGGAGAUUGGCAAGGUUUUCUCAACCAAUUAUUUAAUGCUGCUCAAAAGAAUGGAACACCACCAGCAUCAAAAGAAGAAAUUAAUAAAUUAAAAAGAGAUAAGGUCGACCAAGGUAUUUUGGAUCAAAAGGUGGAUUGCUCAGUUUGCAAAGAGGAUUUUGAAAUUGGUCAAGACUAUCUUGAAUUACCAUGUACUCAUAUUUAUCAUCCAAAUUGUAUAUUGCCCUGGUUGGACAUGCACAACAGUUGUCCAGUUUGUAGAUAUGAAUUAAAGACUGACGAUAAAAAUUAUGAAGCACAUAAAAAAAAUCAAGAAGAAGAAGAAAAUAAUAAUAAUAAUAAUAAUAAUAAUAAUAAUAAUAAUAAUAAUAAUAGUAGCAGCACAUCAACAACCUCAACAUCUUAUACAAUACUUUAUUUUUUAAAGGAGGAGAGAGAGAUUUGGUAUAUCUAA